CUAUCUUCCAGCAGUCUUUACCCAGCAUUCUAUGAUUUAUACCCGUGAGCUGUAUAAUAAUGUCUGACUCGGUUCUGAAUUCAUCCAGUAUCUACUAGGGAAAACCAAACAGUAAAUGCAGAAAGGUUGCUAGAAGCAUAGUGAUUUCAUAGUAAUUUCAGCUAAUAAUCCAGUGUUUUUGAACUAGAUCCAGUGUUGUUUGAUAACAUAAUAAUUGUAAAGGAAAGUGUAACACGUUUUGGUGCAAAGAUUACAAAAUGAGUAAAAUCAGAUGUAUUCGUCCAUUCAAAGACAUUCAGUGUUCGAAAGAGCUGCGAUAUCUCACGGAUGGUAUCAUCCAAAAACUAAAGUCAAUUGGAUUUUCCAAGGUAUCCACACUGAACACCAAGGAUUUUCGUAUUUGUUCGUCUUGCCGUCUACAUAUUGAUUCAAGAGCUCACCUCACCCAAAACGAAGAACAAAGCGUAGCCGGUGGCUCAAGGAUGCCAACUGUUCAGACUAUAUCUGUUGUACCUGAUUCACAAAGCUAUUAAAGUUUGGUCACGAUACCAUCAGCGUCAACGCUAAGCACAAUUCAAUCAAAUGAAGACUUCACGAUGCCUGUAGACGUCGAAAUAUUCAACCGAGGAAUAGCAGCUAUUCGUGUUUCGCCUAUAGAUUUAGGUAAGGUUAAAAAUGUUCACUAUCCUGAAAAAAAGUGCGCUGAAAUCGUCGAAGGUGUACGAAGAAAUCUUUUUAAAUUAGACGCUAAAACAGAAAAAGCAAACGAGUUUAAUGAAGUCAUAGAAAAUAUGAAAAUUAAAUUUUUAAAUUCAGCCACAAGGCAAGAAAAACUAUCAAUUUUAUCAUUGUUACCAAAAUCAUGGUCAGUACAAAAAAUUGUAGACGAAUUUAAAACUAGUAGAAAUAUGGCAUCAGAUGCAAGAAAGGAAAAAAAUAAUGUAUUAGAUUCAUCUCAAAGUUCAAGCUCUGGAAAAGCUUUGAGUAAUGAAACAAAAGAACUGGUUUUGAAUUUUUUUGAGGACGAUGAUAUAAGCCGUGCAAUGCCAGGCCAAAGAGAUUUUGUUAGCGUAAAGACAGGAAAUAAGAGAUUAGCUGUUCAGAAAAGAUUGUUAAUGAUGACAUUAAGAGAAGCUUUUAAUCGCUUUAAUGAAGUGUACGUCAAUGUAAAAAUAGGGUUUUCAUCAUUUGCAAGCCUCCGGCCAAGGCAAUGUAAACUAUUGACUAUCACAGGAACACAUAAUGUUUGCGUUUGCACUACGCAUGAAAAUGUCAAUUUAAUUCUACAUAGCUUAAAAAAAUACAAUGUCUUGAAUGAUCUAAAAACAUUAACGAAUAGAUUACUUUGCGAAAAUAAGACAACUCAUUGCCAUCUACGAAGAUGUAAAAACUGCCCAGAUACCUCAGUUUUAGAAGACAGUUUAUUGAAACAACUGGAAGAAAACUUUGUUGAAAAGCUUUCAUUCGAACAAUGGGUUACCACUGUCAGAUGUGAUUUAGAAACUAUUGUAAAGCAAACCGAUGACUUUGUUACAUUUUUCAGCUCAAAAUUAGAAAGUUUGAUUCCGCAUGAUUUUGUAAAAACCGAACAAUCCAAUUUUUUGAAAACUACAAAACAAAACUUGCAAGAUGGUGAAUUUUUGGCUAUUUGUGACUUUUCUGAAAAUUACAGCUUCGUUUUGCAGGAUGAAGUUCAAUCACACCAUUGGAACGUGCAACAGGCCACAAUCCAUCCUUUCGUAAUAUAUUAUACUGAAAAUAGGCAAAUUAAACAUUUUAGCUUCAUUAUAAUUUCAGAAGAACUAAGACAUGAUUCAGUCGCUGUUAAUUUGUUUAUUGAUAAAAUGAUGAACUUUUUACAAAUUGAUCAAAAUAAAAACAUGAAAAAAAAUUAUUUUAUGUCAGAUGGUGCUGCUUCACAGUAUAAAAACCGAAAAAACUUUUCUAGCCUUUGUAAGUUUAAGUCAAAGUAUGGUAUUGACGCUGAAUGGCAUUUCUUCGCAACAUCGCACGGAAAAGGUCCAUGCGAUGCUAUUGGAGGUACGAUAAAACGCAUGGCUACCAGAGCAAGUUUAGCCAAAGAACGCGAACACCCGAUAAAGACUGCAAGAGAGUUGUUUAAUUGGGCAAACAAACGAAAAGAAGAAGAACUUACAAAGUUGUCAUUUUGUUAUUCUACUACAGAAGAAUACGAAAAUAUGUCUUUGCAGCUAAAUAAUCAAUAUAAUAAUGCAAAAACAAUUCAAGGAACUCAAAAAUUCCACUCAUUUCUUCCUCUAUCAGAAAAUACAAUAAAGGCAAAGCUUUAUUCAAACUGCCCUGACAAUGAUGCCAAAAGAUUCGAUAUUGUUAAGAAAGUUGUGUAAACAAUAAUUUGAUAAAAAUACAGGAAUAAAAAUAAACUGAUGUACAAAGUAUAAUGUUAUUUUUUAUUGCGCACAAAUACCACCCCUUAAAAAUAAGCCUUAUUCGCUCUUUUGAAUCUUGCUAAUUGAGGAGCUUGCGAUAUGCAAGAGUUGAAUGCAUAUUUUCAACACAAUACACCAAAAACCACUGGAAGAAAUCAUUGUUCCUGAUAGUGGGAUUUUGUAACUUGUUUUUCAAAAUACUUUUAAGGCAGAGAAUUUCACUCAAAUCUUUAAGCUGUCAGUGUCAUUUUAACUCAAAAUUUUCCAAUCUUUCCGAAAAAAAUACUUUUGAAACUGGAGAAACACGGAGUACAUUCGAAAAGGGCUAAAACUUAUUAAGUUAUCAAAAAAAUCAAUAUUAAAUUAGUAAUAUCUUCUAAACGGUGCAUCUUAGAAAAAUGUUACCGAAGUACUUUUUUCUUGCAAAUUUGAUGUACUUUCAUAAAAUAAGGGCGACAAACUUUUUUGACUUUACUUAAAAGCUUUUUUUGAAAACCGUAAUUUUUUAAAACAUUUUUUUUUCAUUGUAACCUAUUUUUCUCCAGAACAACCCACUUUGCACUAGGUAGCAUUUUCAGUCAGCUAUAACAUAAGGAUAAUAAAAAAAAUAUUGACAUGUCACUUUUGAGGGAAAAACUAUAUUUUAGUUCAAAUCACAAAAACCAAACAUAUUUUUUUACCGUGCAUAUUUUCUCCAUAUAGCACCAACAAUUGUCUAAAACUUCGCCGAAGACACCAAACCGAUCGGAAAAACCGUUUUCGAGAUACAAUUUUUUGAAGAUAUCAUGUGCAUUUUUCAUAGGCCCUUCUCAUAAGUAAGGCUAGAUUAAAAAUGGCGAACCAAGUAUGCAAAACGGCGUUUUUGUUCCCCAAAAACUUGUAUGCAAGGUUCCAUGCAAAUCAAAAAAUACAAAAAAUAAAAACUGGAAAAAUUUCCCACUUGUUCGUGGAAUCGCUC